AAAAGAAACUAAUUAAAAGAUGGCAAACAUUUUCUCUUUUUUUACGCUGAAGGACACAUGUUGUUGUACGCCUCCAAGUUAUCUUUCAUAGUUAUGGCACCAAAACCCCAGCGCAUUCGUCACUUGGUGGGAACAACUUGGCAAAGCGCAAUGAAGAAGGCGAGAACAAUGAGUACUGAAACUGACACUGAAUUAUCAAUGAAAGAUGGCUUCUCUAAAUAUGCUGAUUACCUCAAUAACCUGAAUGAUAAGCGAGAAAGGGUGGUGAAAGCCAGCCGUGAUAUUACUAUGAACAGCAAGAAGGUCAUUUUUCAAGUGCACAGAAUGAGCAAGCAGAACAAAGAGGAAGUUCUGGAUAAAGCAGUAAAAGAUCUGGCAGCUGUGACUGAUCAAUAUUUGUCCCGGCUAGUUAAGGAACUGCAAGGGACUGAUUUCUGGAAGCUAAGACGAGCAUAUUCUCCUGGGGUUCAAGAAUAUGUUGAAGCUGCAACACUUUGUAAUUUCUGCAAGACAGGGACUCUAUUAACUCUUGAUGAGAUGAAUGCGACCUUGCUCCCAUUAAGUGAUCCUUCUGUUGAACCCUUGCAGAUUAACAUCUUAGACUAUAUCUUAGGGCUUGCGGACUUGACAGGAGAAUUAAUGAGGUUAGCAAUCGGUCGAAUUUCAGAAGGGGAACUUGAUUUUGCAGAGAAGAUCUGCAGUUUUGUGCGUGAAAUUUACAGGAACCUUACUCUUAUUGCCCCGGAGAUGGAUGACAGUUCAGACAUGAAACAGAAAAUGGAAACAAUGCUCCAGAGUGUGAUGAAGAUAGAAAAUGCUUGUUUUAGUGUUCAUGUAAGAGGAUCGGAGUAUAUUCCCCUUCUUGGAUCUGCUGACACCAGUUAUCCACUGUUGGGCAUGCCAGACAUUGAAUGAAGAAGCAGAAAGAUAAGUUUUUGAAGUUGUUGAUGCAGCUCUCCCAGCCUGCAUAUGCACACGGUGCAGAGCGUCUUUGUAGGGUGCUUUUGCAAGGUACCUGGGUGCAACGAUUUGCGUCUUUGUAGUAGAAAUGACAGAUUUUGUAAUUACUCCAGUCCUCCUACUGAACUUUGUAGCGGAGAUUGUAUAGCUUACAAGUACUCUAUUUCUUCCUUCUGACCUCCAAGAUGGAUACCUUAUUCGCGAAAUGGUUGCCGGAGUUUGUUUUCUAAGAUGAUUUUAGACUAGUAUACACUCUUUAUUUACCCAGAAGGUAUUCUGAAUCAAUGUUUUUUCUGUUGUUAUUAUUGUAUUUCAUAGCUUUUGAAACUUA